AUUGACAACGCUGCUCGUUAUGCUUGUUCUCUUUUGAUGAUAGCCCUCCAAAAAUUGAAUAUUAAAGCCCAUUUGCCAUACCUUAUCUCGUCAAACAUUUGGUGGAAGGCCUCCAAAUGCCCCUAGUCAUGGCAGCCACAUCAACACCAGCGUCUGGUCUUUCUUCAUCACAUCUACGAACACAUACCUCACCCACUUCAUAUUUCGUUCAAUCCCGUCCUCUCAAAUUAACCGUUGCUUCAAAAUUCUCAGUUGGGUUCUUGAAUACCAAUCACAAUGCCAAUGCCAAGUUUACAGCUUUUUCAAAGGGUCUCAAACCCAGUGGUUUUGAGUUGUGCAUUUCUUCAGGAUUGGCCCACUCUUGUACCCAUGUGACCGUGUGCUUAGCAGCAGCAGCAGGAGAUAGUAGUUCAGUGGAUGGAAGCGAAGGUGAAGGACGGAAAGAAGGGAGUGACGUGGGCAAGGGAGAGCAGAAAUUGAAAUUGGUUUCAGAGGCAGCUUUGCUGAGGAGGAAGGAAAAGAAUCUUCGGCAGAGGAAGAGAAGGCUUCGUCUGAAGCGCAAGCUGAGGAAGAAGGGCAGCUGGCCUCCAUCUAAAAUGAAAAAGUUGAGAAAAGUGUAACUCGGUUUUAGAUUCCCUGUAUUUCUUGUUAUUUGAGGGACACUGUUUAUUUAUUUGUUUUUAGAAAAAUCCUUUGUGGGUCUGUAUCAUUCUACAUGGCAAACGGAUGCUUGACAUUAUGCUUGAUACAGUUUGGUAAUUUUAUAAUGGACAAGGCAUUUCUUUCUCGAGUUA